UGAGCCGAUGGUAGUAACUGGACGUACCGGACACGACUGUGGGGAUUUACACAAAGCUUUUUCCAUUUUCCGUCGACAUUCUGCAUUUGAGAGAAGCAGUAGUGGAUUUCCGCGUCGUACGGUUUGUGUCCUGACUUCACGGUACUGUUUAUUUGUUUUUUAGCCUUGUGGGGCAGUUGAAGAUGAACAGCGUAAGCCUGGUGUGUGUGUUAGCAUGCUAACGGCUCUGCAGUUAGCAGCAGCAGCAGCAGGCCGAGCUCGGGGUGUUUUUAUGCUAGCAGCUCUCUUCCUUCUCCCGCUUUAAUACAAGCUAACGAGCAAAUUGUCCUCGGUGUGGCUGCUGUCGAACUCAGCUCGUAAUAGCUUUGCUAAUGGCACAGAAUGAGAUGUAGCUAGCCUCACACAGUCACGGCGCAUCACUUGAACGAUGAUACCGUGAUGAACUCGUUUUUUUAAAUUUUGGCCAACAUGUACCGUAUUACUGGGAGUUGUUAGACAAAGUCACGGUGUACUGAGGUGGAGGCGGUUUACAGGAGUUUUGCUCAUAUUAGACAGACGCUAGUAUGUCGUGUGUUAUGUGAGCAUAUUUGCUCCGGAGGAGAGCGGUGAAGUUACGUUCAGCCAGCUGUAUCUGGUCUGCUGAACCGAGAACACGCCACAGAUUGAAUGAUAUGUUUCCUUAAUCUCUCAGUGUCUCAGAGAGUCGCAGCCCUGCAUUCCAAAAAGGAAGACGAGUAUUUCACCAUGAGCUCAGAAGAUGGUGACUUGGAGAACCAGGCUGAGCUGGAGGAGAAGACAAGGCUCAUCAACCAGGUGCUGGAGCUUCAGCACACUUUAGAAGACCUGUCUGCGCGGGUGGACGCUGUCAAAGAGGAGAACCUGAAGCUGAAGUCAGAGAACCAGGUUCUGGGUCAGUACAUUGAGAACCUCAUGUCUGCCUCCAGUGUCUUCCAGACCACUGACACCAAGAGCAAACGAAAGUAAGGAGAACCUCGAGAGCCUUGACCUAACCCCCCCACCCCCCCACCCCACAGUCCCUAACCUGAACCAAACACCUGAUCCUGAACCAGCCUGGAUGUCUGAACUGUAAUAUCAACAUCAUGGACCCUUAAAGAACUGCUAAAGCCUAAAACAUGUUUCUGUUGCUGUCUGUCAUUACCUUAAUUUGUACACAAGGCGGCAGCGUUGCAUUGAUCAAAUCAGAAUGUACGGGAAACCAACUGAAGCCUGUUUUUUUUUUUUAGUUCAGGAAAAUCAGUCAGAAAAGUCACAUCUUCACAAAGCUCCACUUAACAGCAGAUAGUCGCCACAGAAAUGUAUGAGGGCCGAUCGAUAAGUUCAUGGUCUGAGGUCAGUUUUAGAAGUCCCCCCCUUUAUUUACAGUCUUAGUCCAUCAGUCAUGGACCUCCAGAAAGUGGUCCACAGCAGACUGGACAUCAUCAUCACUGUCAAAAUGGUGACCACUGAGCUCCUUCUUCAUCAAAGACCUCCUUGGGUGAUGAGCCCUUGAGACUGAGGUCGCUGGUGACUGAAUGAAGGCUCAUGUGUCAGUUUUCUCAGACAGAGCUGAAUUUCAAUUUUCAAUUACCCGAAACAGAAAAACCACAAAAAAGUUAUUACCUUCAAAAUUUCUGCAGAAUCACUCAGAGUUGAACUGAGCGUGGGUGCAGAGAGCUGGGUAACUCCUCUCCUUCUACCUCAGGACAAAAACGUAUCAGUCGUCCCUCAAAUCUUGUCAGAAGCACACAUCAAAAGGUCCUUAGACCUUCCACCAGUUCCAAACAUGCAGCAGUGUUUUGAGUGAACAGAAGAAGUAAAUAACAGAACAGCAGCUCUUUGUCAAAGCUUCUGCACUUUAAGUACAAGCUCAUGUAUUUGAAGCACAUUGUGUAAACUGUGGUUGUUGGUUACAAAAAGGACGGGGACUCAAAAUCAGGUCAACAAGUAACGUUAGCAUGAAAAGAUGUGUUAGUAAGAUGGAUGUGAAUAUUAUAGUAGUAACACUAGUGUCAGUCACAGAGCCUGACAAACGUGUGCAGAAACAGUCAGUGACAGUGUGAGCUGUCUGACCACAGAACAAUAUACACUGUUUGCACUUGGGGGGUGGUGGUGGUUUGGGUCUGAUAACAGAUGUAACAUGUGGCCCACACGUUUGUUUGGAACUGGUGAUGUUGCUCUUCCUCACCCCCCCCCCCCGCCACCAACAACAGCACUCCAGCCUCACCUCCCUGUUCAGAUUUUACGGAGAUGAAAUGUUUACGUUAUACUUCCCCGUCCUCGGUGGAACCUUUCAGUGUUUGCGGGUGGGAAGCUGGUGAGGGAUCAUGUCUUUGUCACUGCCUUUGGUCCACUGUACAACAACAACAACAAAAAAAAAAAUCCUUUUUGUUUUUAAAGUAGUCAGUAUUGCUGCCACUCCUGUAGUUCCAGUAGGUUUUAGAAACAGUGUUUUUGUUGUUAGAAAUGGUUUUGUUGUUACUGCUUCCGAGGGUCUGAAGGCCUUUUUUGGAAACUGCUCAGUCUUUAUUUCAGCACAAUGUCACUUUUUUUUGUUGCUGCUUCUUGCAAGCUGGGAGUAAAUGACAUGACUUAAACAGUGACUGUCACUGUUUCAGUUCAUAGCCAAGACCAUGAUGUGUCCAUUCAUUUUGAACUCAAGAGUCUUGUGUAUAUAAUAAAUAUUAAACUGGCAAAGCCUCAUCUGUUCUGUCAAGAAAUCAGCAACACGUGCAUACUGAACUUUAUGCAUACAUGUUGAAGAAACACCACCUGUUACUUAUCUUAAACCCUGUUGCAUUUGUAUGUUAUUAACAUGUUUUUUUUUUUUGUUGCUGAUUUGAAAUGUUUAAUAAAGUGACAAUCCUUUUUGAUGA